GUUAUGUGCAUACCUCACUGUAAGUAGUUAUACCCGAUGCUAGAUAGAGACCGGCCCAGGCAUUGGACUGUCCUAUCAGCACCUUGCUUUUAGCCCUGACAAGGCAGGCGGAGCAGAAGAUCCUCGUCGCACAGCUGAUGCCGGGAGUUGCUGGCCGGUUCCUGAUGGUGGUUGGCGGAUGCACCCAGCCAUGCACACUUGCAGUAGUUCAUGGUCGCGCCGGGACUUGGGGCGGUUGUUGGUACCUGAUGUUGCGUUGCCUACUCCGUACUCCGUAUUCAGAGCAGGAGGGAGGUGACCGACUCGUUGUGCUCCGAUUCCCAUCUGGGCAGACCUGCACGUUUAUUUGUUAUUUUCUUUUCUUUUCCUGCCCUUCCUUCCUGUCCAUUUUCUUUGUUUGACAUGAUCCACCUGCAGUUGAUAUUCCAACCAUUUGUUGGUUUUCUUUUUCCUUUUCCAUUUUCCUUUUUUUUAACCUAUUGAUAGAUCUGGAAUCCUUGAUCGAACCUU